CCUGAUAUUGGGGCAUAUUGGGUAUUGCUGCUGAUGGACAGCCGUUACUGUUUCUGCAUUAACAUAGCGAUAAAUCUCUUCUCGGACGACAUGAAAAUCUCGCCUGAUGGAAAUCUCAUGUCUACAAGCAAAUAUUUAGUGAAGGAAGCUGCAUCAUCCGAAGAUGAAAACGGCAAUUCGCCAAGCAGUAAAUCAGCAUCACCUAAGCCGUCAAAAUCAUCGAGCUCUAAUCGUAAGAAAUCUGAUAGCGGUGUUAAUAUCGAAUCAAUUCAGCAGCCGGAAAAAAUGGAAACGAUCGCUUCGGCGAGAACUUGA